AUGCCUACUAUAUACUACACAGUCCGAUCUUUAUGUUGUGCCCCAUUGGAUGCAAACGCCGACAAACUUCUAAGUUCUGCAGUGUCUUGGAUACCGGGAGCUUCAACAUCAACAAUUAUUCCAAGCCAAGGCACUACUAGCUCUGCUCCACCUCUCCAGCAGCCCUCCUCCGCUACCUUGACUGCUUUGGCAAGAGCCUUUGUUCCUUCCCGGCCUGCUCCACCUCUCCAGCAACCCUCCUCCUCUACCUUGAGUGCUAAAGCGACAGCAUUUAUUCCUCCCCGCCCCACUCCACCUCUCCAGCAGCCCUCCACCACAACCUUGAGUGCUUCGGCACGGGCGUUUGUUCCACCCCAGCUCACUCCACCUCUCCAGCAUCCCGCCACCACUACCUUGAGUGGUUCAGCACGGGUGUUUGUUCCACCCCAGCCCACUCCACCUCUCCAUCAGCCCUCCUCUGCUACUGCGCUUGUUCCUCCCCAGCCCACUCCACCUCUCCAGCAGCCAUCCUCCGCCGGGCCCACUACACCUCUCCAGCCCCCCUCCGCUCAAACACCAAUAGACUCUCAAGGGGGUUUGUUUUUGAGGGCCUGCAGAAACACGGUUGCUCAUCAUCACCAAAAUGUAUGGAACGCAACUAAGAGUGUUGGGACAGACGAAUUGGAUGCAAUUGAACAUAUACAAGCUGCAGUUCUAGAGGGGCUUGGUGGAGAAGCUGCAGGGUCCAACUCCAACCUCUUGUACUUUGUUUGCCAACCCAUUGCAAUAUGUUCUCAAUUCAGCUCCUUACAACUUGUGCACAUCUUGUGAGCAGCAAUGGGGGUGACUGGAAAAGACAGCCUUCAGGAUUGCGUUAAGGUGGGUUGUCCUCAUAUGAUGAAGAACUAGGGCAUUAAACAGAUUACAGAGGUAGAUAAUUUUGCAAUUCAUUAUGGUUUAGCACAUGUAUUUAGCUAAGUUACAUCAAUAUGUGAUUUGGAAUGUGGUUACCUUUUUGUUUAGAAUUGAGUGACUUGGUGUAUCCUUAAAGUCACAGUCCUUUGUGAAAUGAGAAUUGUCGUUUAUUUUCUCUU